CAGCCGCGGCGGCUCCUGAGGGAAGGAGGCGGCGGCGGCGGCGGCGCUGGGAGCCGAGGCGAGAGAGAGAGUGGCCUCUGCCGCGUCCCGCGCCUCUCUCCCCGCUGCGGGACACGCUGCAUCGGCACCAUGAAGGAAAUGUUUCAAGACGAGAAGUAUUGGAGGGGGCCGUCCCCCAGCCUCCGCGACCCCACGGGGCACCGGGACAAGCUGUGCCGCCCCUCCCCGGAGUGGGGUGAGCCUGAGCGCAAACACGGCGGCUGCUUCGAGGGGAACCGGCACCUGGCCUACGCUAAGAAGCAGCCUCUGGGGUUCAGCCCCUCGUCCUCUGCCAGCGAGGAGGAAGAAGGGAGGUGGGACCUCCCCUGCAUGUCCGGCUGGGAGGUGGCCGGGGUGGGCCCGUCCCACCCAGCCCAGAGCAAAGCCGGCAGGGCGAAGGUCCCCCAGAGUGGGGGCCGGGCCUGGCCCUUCGACGUGGCCACAGCCUCCGGCUCCAGGAGGCGGCCGCAGCUUCUGGGGGCCCCGAGGUCCCGCUGCUUCCGCCGCCAGCGCCGGCGUGCCCUGCGGGCCUUCCGGAUGCUCCUCUACACCAAGAGCUCCUCCCUGGCUUUCCAUUGGAAGCUGUGGGGCAAGAUGGCCUCCAGGGGGCGCCGGCGGGGAGGGGGAGCAGCGGGGGCGAAGCGGGCCCGGUCGUCCCUGUCCCUUUCCCCCGGCUCGCAGCCCGACGACGACCACCUCCCCCUCUACAAGAAGAGCCCCUUGCGGGAGGAGGACUGCCGGGGCGGGGCCAAGCGCAGGCCCCGCCCCGCCCGCUUCAAGCCCCGCCCUCCUGAGCCCCACCUGGACUACGACUUGGAUGGGGCUUUCCCUGCGUCGUCGUCCUCCUCGCCUCCGGCUUCUUCUCGCCUCAGUCUGCUGGGGGCCCUGAUGGACGACGCCUCGCCCUACCCUCAGUACGUGGAGCUGCAGAGGGUCAGCUUUGACAAAGACCCCGGAGCCGCGGAGCUGGAGGAGGAAGCCGCCGGCCUGCUCAAGUACCCUGGCGGAGGGGCCCACGCCUCCCCCAGGACUAGAAAGGGCGGAGAGGCAGAGCACAGCCUGGAUGGAGAUGGAGGCCCCAUGGACGCCCUCCCCAACGGCUUUGCCUCCCUCACUCCCGACGGCGACCUCUGCUCCCUCCCCGGAGUCACGGACGCCACCAUCCUCAUCAGCAACGUCUGUAGCAUCGGGGGCCACGCGGCCGAGGAGCUCUUCCAGGGGCCCCGGGACAAAGACAGGCCCCUGGAUCCUUCCGGGAUCAGGCUCGAAGGCGACCUGGCCGCCGAUGGCAGCCAAGAGAGGCCCGGCGAGAAGGCCGCCCUGCACAGCCCCUUGAGAGAAGAACAUAUCACGUGUGUGCACAACAUCCUGGAUGAGUUCCUGCAGACCUACGGCAGCCUCAUCCCCAUCAGCGUGGACGAAGUCGUGGAGAAGCUAGAGGACAUCUUCCAGCAGGAGUUCUCUACGCCUCAGAGGAAAGGCAUGGUCAACCAACUGAUCCAGUCCUACCAGCGCUUGCCGGGCAAUGCCAUGGUUCGGACCUUCCGGGUCACUUACAAGCGCCACGUGGUCACCAUGGACGACCUGCAGACACUGUACGGGCCCAACUGGCUCAACGACCAGGUAAUGAACAUGUACGGGGACCUCGUCAUGGACACAGUGCCAGACAAGGUUCAUUUCUUCAACAGUUUUUUCUACGAUAAGCUACGAACCAAGGGGUAUGAGGGAGUCAAGCGCUGGACCAAAAACGUGGACAUCUUCAACAAGGAACUGCUCCUCAUUCCAAUCCACCUGGAGGUCCACUGGUCUCUGAUCUGCGUGGAAGUGAAGCAGAAGAAAAUCACGUACCUGGACUCCCAGCGCACCCUCAACCGGCGCUGCCCCAAGCACAUCUGCAGAUACCUGCAGGCUGAAGCAGACAAGAAGAACCGUCCGGACUUCAGAGACGGGUGGAAAGGGGUUUUUCAGAUGAACGUCGCCAGGCAGAACAACGACAGCGACUGCGGCGCUUUCGUCUUGCAGUAUUCCAAAUUCCUGGCGCUGGGCCUCCCCUUCUCCUUCACCCAGCAGGACAUGGCGAAACUGCGCCGUCAGAUGUACAAGGAGUUGUGCCACUGCAAGCUCAUCGCGUGACGAGCUCACACAUGCAGAACACACACACACACUCACACUCACACAACACACACACACCCUCCCAAAGACACCAACU